CUGCUUUAAUUUAUUGGUUUCUCAUGAGUUCUACAAGCAAAGAGAACAAGCAUACGGCAUGCUCAGCAUGCAAGCUUCUUCGUAAACGCUGCACUCAAGAUUGCAUUUUCUUGCCUCACUUUCCAGCUGCUGAGCCUCAACAAUUUAUUGCUGUUCAUCGAAUUUUUGGUGCUAGCAACAUCAGCAAAAUGUUACAACAGGAGAUACCAAAGGAAAACAGAGAAGAUGCAGUGAUCAGCAUGGUUUUUGAAGCUACAGCAAGACUCAGAGAUCCAGUUUAUGGCUGUGUGGGCAUUAUUUCUGCCCUCCAGAAACACAUAUUUCACUUGCAAUCCGAGUUAAAUGUAGCUUUAGCUGAAGCAAUGUCUCUUAAAACCCAACUAUCCGAUCCCUUAUCCUUACCCUCGCUUCUGGAAGGUUCUCGGUUCAUUCCUGAGAACCACGAGUUUCACAAUUUCCAGAAGCUGAGCGACCAAAAUGCAUAUGCUAAUAUUAAUAAUGGAUCAGAUGCCUUGCUUCUACUACCAGAAGCAGCAGACUAUUGUUUUCAAGAAACUGAAGUUCUUCCACUGUCUUAUUUAGACAUGUAGUUUUCUAGUGUGGACAACAAUAGACUCUUAAUAUUUGCCUUUCAUUUAACACCUUAUCAUGUUUUUUUCCCAGUGCUGCUC